CUGGUGGCCGCUGUCGGGUGAUAGCAUUUUACAAAUUUCGGCCCUCUGAUCGUAGUAUUAAUGAAUUUAUUAUCAUCAAUGAAAAGAUAAUUAAGGAAUCGACAUAACCUGUGUUUUACAAAGUCAUAACUUCAAGAUGUCUUCAGAAUAUGAUGAAAUAGAAAUAUUAGAAGAUGAAUUGAAAAACAUACAAAGCGUUAUACAUUUAACUAGAGAAAAUAUAGACGCGUUAAAUGCCAAGUUCGCAGGUAUGCAACACCCACCUCCAAUGUAUUUAUCGGAAUAUCAAGAGCUAACUAGUAAAUUGCAUGAGCUAGAGGUGAAGGAGCAACAGUUGAAUGAACAGAUCAAUUUAAGGUUAAUUCCACAGGACUUAAGUGAUAGUGAUCAUAGUGCAUAUCCUAGUUUGGACAGGGGACACAGACCUAGUUUUCAAACAUCUUUGAAGAGGGUAGUUAGAGCUCAUUUACCUAAUCAGCAAAGAACAAGUGUUCAAGUGACACCUGGUCAUUCAGUGCGUGAAGCUCUAGCAAAAGCGAUGAAACUUAGGAAUCUGACAGCCGAAAUGUGUACAGUGUAUUCUAAUAAUAAUAAUAUUGUUAUACCUUGGGAUGCAGACAUUUCAUCAGUAGAUACUGAUGAGAUAAGAGUAGAAAUCAUAGACAAUUUUCCUGUUACCAGUAUAUCUCAUAAUUUUGUCCGCAAGACAUUUUUUUCUUUGGUGUUUUGUGAAUGCUGUAGACGUUUACUUUUUCAAGGUUUUUAUUGUAGGACAUGUGGUUACCGUUUUCAUCAGCGUUGUGCUGGAGGUGUACCUGCACUUUGUCAGCAAGUGCGAAUGAUAGAUAAUUUCUAUCAAAUGCUGUUAGCAUCUAACCCUGAAAAGUCUGCUGGUAUUCUGCAUAUGCCUCAGGGAUAUACCAUGUCUAGGCAGUCUACUCGAAGACAUCCUAGGGCACUGGGACAUGGUGAAAGGUCUAGUUCUGCUCCCAAUGUAUGCUUUAAUUUAGUCAAUCCCAGUGGAAUUGAUACAAAUCCAUUAGACGAACUAGUGACCCUGUCUAGUGUUGGACCUGUUAUGGCAAGUAACAGGCUUCCACACUCACAUUCACAGAGUGCCCAGGCUUCUCCGACCAAUGCACUGCGGCCGUGGAGGCCUAGAGCUCGCUCUGCGGAUGAGAGUGCUAAUAAGAAGAUAAGUAAAGAUGGUCCUAGAGAAUCCAUUGAAGACUGGGAAAUACCUGCUGAUGAAAUAUUGACUGGACAGCGAAUAGGUUCAGGAUCGUUCGGAACAGUUUAUAAAGGACACUGGCAUGGAUCUGUAGCUAUUAAAACAUUGAAUGUUAAGGAUCCGACAAGUGCCCAAUUACAAGCUUUUAAAAAUGAAGUGGCUGUGCUGAGGAAGACCCGCCAUGUCAAUAUCCUUCUAUUUAUGGGCUACGUGAGUAAACCACAACUUUCUAUAGUUACCCAGUGGUGUGAAGGCUCUAGUAUUUAUAGACAUCUUCAUGUUCAAGAAACAAAAUUUAAUUUAGUGACACUUAUUGAUAUUGCUCGACAGACUGCACAGGGAAUGGAUUACUUACAUGCGAAGAAUAUAAUUCAUAGAGAUUUAAAAAGUAAUAACAUAUUUCUUCAUGACAUGGUAGUUAAAAUAGGCGACUUUGGACUAGCUACUGUGAAAACGAGAUGGUCUGGUGGAAAGCAGUUUCAGCAACCCUCUGGUUCUAUUCUAUGGAUGGCUCCUGAAGUGAUAAGGAUGCAAGAAGACACACCCUACAGCUUCCAGUCGGAUGUUUACGCAUAUGGUAUUGUUUUAUAUGAACUUUUGACUGGUCAGCUUCCUUAUUCUCACAUUAAUAAUAAAGAUGAAAUUUUAUUUAAAGUCGGUAGGGGAUAUCUUAGGCCUGAUCUUAAUAAUUUGCCUCCUGAAACACCAAAAGCGCUUAGGAGGUUAUCGGAAGAUUGUAUUAAAUUUAAAAGAGAAGAUCGCCCAUUAUUUCCCCAAAUUCUUGCCUCACUCGAAAGCCUUUUACAUUCCAUACCAAAAAUACACAGAUCAACUUCUGAACCGUUAUUGAAUAGGACCCAGCUUCAAUCAGAUGAUCUCUUGUACGUAUGCGCAUCCCCUAAAACUCCGGUCAAUACCCAAUUCGGAGCGUUUCCAUUUUACCAGAUUGGUGGUAUUUAGUCAUUUUUCACAUUCCUGAUUAUUUAUUAUCUGGCUGGUUACAUACCCCGAAAAAUUAAAUCAUCAGUGAUAUUAACUGGGAAGACACGCUACCUAGGCUAUGUGAUUUGUAAAUUGAUGACCAUUAUUGUAGGGAAAGAUUUUAGAAUUAUAUUAACAGCAUAUUUUAAAUACAUAGACAAAGAGAUUAUAUUGAGAGAUAUAUAAUAUAAUAAUUGGCUUAUAAUAAAUUGAGAAUGUAUAGUUAUCGAAUUCACCUAAGCGAUUUGUAAAUUGUACAGUGUAUGUUUUGACAUGAGAGAAAUCGCGAGCAAUAAUUGAAUCGUAUUGAAAAAUAUAAUGUACCUGGUUUAAAAUGCGUUUUAAAGCUUAAGCCAAUAUGAUGAGCGAUGACAUCACUGUUUUCUUGUUCAUUUUCUUCAGUGCAAUAAUACUCUAAACUUAUAAGUAGUCAUAUGUUAAUUAAAAAGACAGUGAUCAAUAAAAAUAUAUAUAUUAAUAUAUAUCAUCUUAGUAUCUCAUAUUUUAGAAUUUUAGGAUACAAUUAAUUUUUUUUUAUUUAUGAAUGAAAUUGAUGUCUAGCCUCUCAUUAGUCUUUUGUCAUUGUUUAAUAUUCUACAUAAGUGAGUUUGUUGAAAGCAUACCUAUAUGUUGUUAGCAUAUUUGUUAUAUUGAAGUGCAAUUCAAAAGCAUAGUGUUAUUCACAUCGGCAGUUGUUUGUGAUAAUGUAUAAUUCGUAUAGGCCUGUUAUAACUGAAGCUUAUAUUGUUAAUGGAGUCUAAUUAUACAGAUGAUUUUAAUCUAAGCUUCUUAGUAAGGCUAAAUUGCUUAUUUAUUUCUUUGUAUUUUUGUGAAUAACUUUAUUUUUAAAUUGAUUAUUUAAUUGUUAUUUUUUUUAUUUAUUUAUUUUCUUUUUUUUAAUAUCGAACAUGAAAGUGCUAUCGGUUAAAACACAUUAAACACAUUUGUACACGUUACAGUAUUAUACUCACAUGUAAUUUUUACUUUAUAUUAAUGUAUAUUUAAUCUAUUCCCAGGUAGUUGGGAAUUUGCUGUAUUACAUUUUGUUUAAACGCGGAGGUAUAGUACGGGCUCAGAGGCUGAAACCCUUUGUGCUCAAUAUGGGUGCCAAUCGUUAUUAUCUGAUUAUUGAAUAGUUAGUGUAUUCGUCUAAUGAACAUAACUUUGGUGUCAUUGCAUAUGACAAAAUAAAUAUAUAUAUACAUAUAUAUAUGUUAUUGACAUUAUCUUGAUGAAUAUUGUAUUUGUUAAUAAUUGCAAUAUUGUAUUUAUUGUUUAAAUCAUUGGUGAAUGAAGACUGCGCCAUUAAGAAAUUGUAAAUAAACUUUCU